CAAAUAUCUGUUAACGUCAUAAAUAUAUCAAAGUUAUAUCAACUAUUAGCCUCUCUGCUCUCUAAUUAAGUGUAUAGAACAGUACAAUUUAUUUCAUAUUUUAUAUGUAAAAAAUACUGAAUGAUUGUGAAGCCUUUCCUGUAACGCAGAUCUGUUCUCAUCUCAGUCAGGAAUGUCUCCAAAUGUCUCUUAACAGAAUAAUGUUGAAUGUGAAGGUGAUGCAUCUAUGCGUGAAGCACAUAAUGCGGUUAACACUGAGUUAGCCAUAAAGAAGCACAUGCACCGCGUGUCACCUCAUGAGGUAAUCUGUCAAAGGGUGCACAAGAUAACCCUUCCCCCCAAAGCACUACCCCUAAUGUCCCGUCCCAGACCCCCUGUAGUUGUGAUAGAAGAUGUAAUCUGAAACACUCGGGUGUGGUCCGAGUUUGGGGGCAAAUGUAAUGUGGUAAAAAGGGCUCUGGGCCAGAGGGGUAAUGACAUUAACCUAAACAAGUUUUGUGCCGCAACAUGCCUGCAAAAUUAAUGUGCAUGUUUCCAAAAACUUUUUAGACUGAGUUUAAAGCCAAAUUGGCCUGAUUGCUAAUUAUUGGAUCUGACACCAAAACAACCUAAUUUUCUUUCAGUUUCUCCAUUAUGUUGUAGAUUUAAAUGUGUUACAUCAGGUGCAAAGGCACCUUCUCUGCAAUGUCACUCUAGCCCCUUUUCUAUUAAAAGCUUUUAAGCUCAUAAACGCUCGGACUAAGUGGUCUGGAGAGAGACCGGUCGCCUAGGCAACAGCACACUCUGCUGCUUUCAGUCCCCAGAGGAGUCGUAUUUCACAUUUAGAUUUUCUGCCUGCCCGACUUCACUUUGUUGGCUUUCAGCUAAAAGCUUUUUGCUGCAGCAGACUGACAGAGACAAAAGAGCAGAGGAAAUGGGGAAGGUUUAGCUAGAAGAGGAGGGCCUUAAUGGGCUGUUGCCAGGGUAACUUGACAUCAUGCUGACGAACUUCCCUCUUUAAAAGCUUUUAAAGCGAUUGCUCCAGCCCUCCAGGUUCCAUUUUGAGGCCUCUUAACUAAGCAUGGGGGGAAGGGCAGCAGAGGCCUGUCUCUCGCACACACAAGCACAUGCUUGAGAAAGCAAAGUAAGGCCAGGAAAACAGACUGCACUGAGAAAGAAUCAAGCUUAAAUCAUAAACCUGAAUGAAAGGUACAUAAUCUGUUCCUAAAAUGGCCUCUGAGGACCUCUGCUUUAGUUACACAGUGCCGGGCUCGAACGAGAAGCACAGGAGGGCUCGUAACUGGACGGAUUCCGAGAUGAAAGCUCUUGUGUACAUUUGGGAAGAGUAUGUGACAGAGCUAAAGAAGGCUAAGCGCAAUGCUAAGAUCUACGAGACAAUGGCUAAGCAACUUUAUGAAUUAACUGGCGAACAGCGACACAGGGAAGAGAUUAAGAUGAAGAUUACCAACAUGACUUUCCAAUUCAGGAAGCUGAAGUACACAGCUAAUGGAAGCAGUGCUACACCUGAUUGGCCAUACUACAAAUCUAUUGAGAGGAUCUUGUCAAAGGUACCAGACCAUGCUCAUAUGAGUCCACCGAACCUCUCGACGUCUGGCCCCUCCACCUCUCAGCUCGAGACUUCUGUGCCCCAGUCAGCUCCACCAAGUGGGUUUCUACCUGAGUACACGGGUUCCUCAGAGGAAAGAGAAAUUAACGAUGAGGAAGAAGGCCUAACAGAGAACUCUGAGAGUUCUUCUUUUGAGACCAGGUCACAGCCACAUAAGAGGCGGAGGCUUUCACAUGUGUCACUGCGCCGAAAGAAGCUGCGUGUCCUGGACGCAAUGCUGCAGGAGCAACGCAGGAUAAGCCAUGCCGUCGAGGAGGCCUGUCAUGAAGUUCGCCGUGUUAUGCAUCAGCAGAACUUCCUGCAGGUGCAGAGCCUCCAGCUUCAGGAGCGAAUGAUGAACCUCCUGGAGAAGAUGAUUCCUGCUUCAUCUGCCCCUUGUUGGCCAAACCCACCAGCCUCAAAGGGUUUAGGAACACAUACAACUGAGUGACAGGACAUCAGAUACGGGAUAAGGACCUUUUUUGUCUUUGCUGAGAAAGUGUUGCAAAGCUAUCUUAGUCCAAAAGCUAUAACCAACUAGUUAGUGGUACAUUUUAGACCUGUUAGGCACUGUUAAGUCUUCUACAAUAAAUAUGUUACUCAAAAAUGUUGACAGAUGUAACCUACAAAAGAAACUUUUGAAGAAAACACUAUUUAUCCACAUCUGAUUCCAACUCUAUGAAUCAAAAUGUAGUUCUUUGUUCAUCAAAAGUUAAAAGGUGAUUGUUAUGUGACACAAAAGGUGUUAUGAAAUCGGAUUCAUUUGAUUUCUAAAUUGCUGUGUUAGCUACUAAAAGACUUCGUGGUUAAUUAUUUAGACACAUGGUUGACUGACAUCUAAAACAGUUCAGAUUUCUUUUAAGGCAUUCUUUAAAAGGAUAACAUGUUCAAGAAAACUCCAGAAGGGCAGAAGUUCAGGUCAGACAGAUAACACCAAAUGGUUGGUGAUGAUGUAAACUGGAUUAGGCUGACAGAGAUUCAGAAUGGUAGAGGACAAUCUUAGUUUAGUUAGUACCAUUACAGUUCAAUGUUACCAUUACACUGUUAUAGCAUAGCAUAGCACAAUUUAGCAAAAUGUAACAUGUUACUAAAUGUUACAAAAUGAUAUAGUUUUGGUAGCAGUUUAUAUGCUGACACUCAUAUUUAGCUUAGAUCUGUUAUAUAUAUUUACCGUUAAAUAU